AUGGCGCUUAAGGACUACGCGAUCGAGAAAGAAAAAGUUAAGAAGUUCCUGCAAGAGUUUUAUUAUGAUGAUGAACUUGGAAAGAAGCAGUUCAAGUAUGGGACCCAGUUGGUUCAUCUGGCUCAUCGGGAACAAGUGGCAUUAUACGUGGACCUAGAUGACGUAGCUGAAGACGACCCUGAGUUGGUCGACUCAAUUUGCGAGAAUGCCAAGCGCUACUCAAAGCUGUUUGCUGAUGUUGUGCAAGAGCUUCUGCCUGAGUACAAGGAGAAGGAGGUGGUGAGUAAAGAUGUCCUGGAUGUGUACACUGAGCACCGGCUGAUGAUGGAACAGCGGAGCAGAGACCCUGGAGCAGUCCGGAACCCUCAAAACCAAUAUCCUUCUGAACUCAUGCGUAGAUUCGAGUUGUAUUUCCAAGGCCCGAGUAGCAGCAAGCCUCGAGUGAUCCGGGAAGUACGGGCUGAUUCUGUGGGGAAAUUGGUAACUGUGCGAGGGAUCGUCACUCGUGUCUCUGAAGUCAAGCCCCGGAUGGUGGUGGCCACAUACACUUGUGAUCAGUGUGGGGCAGAGACUUAUCAACCGAUCCAAUCUCCCACCUUCAUGCCUUUGAUCAUGUGUCCCAGCCAGGAAUGCCAAACCAACCGCUGGGGAGGGCGGCUAUACCUGCAGACUCGUGGUUCCAAAUUUGUUAAAUUCCAGGAAAUGAAGAUUCAAGAACAUAGUGAUCAAGUUCCUGUGGGAAACAUACCUCGUAGCAUCACAGUGGUUUUACAAGGAGAAAACACAAGGACUGCCCAGCCUGGGGACCAUGUCAGUGUCCCUGGUAUCUUCUUGCCAAUCUUGCGUACAGGAUUCCAACAGAUGGCACAGGGUUUACUGUCAGAGACCUUUCUGGAAGCCCACCUGAUUGUGAAGAUGACAAAGAGUGGGGAUGAUGCAGCUGGGGCCGGAGAGCUGAGCAGGGAGGAACUAAAGCAGAUUGCAGAGGAGGAUUUCUAUGAAAAACUGGCAACUUCUAUUGCUCCGGAGAUCUAUGGGCAUGAAGAUGUGAAGAAAGCGCUGUUGCUGCUCCUAGUGGGUGAUGUAGACCAGUCUCCUCAAGGCAUGAAGAUCAGGGGAAACAUCCACAUCUGCCUUAUGGGAGAUCCUGGUGUGGCCAAAUCUCAGCUCCUAUCUUACAUUGAUCGUCUUGCCCCCCGAAGUCAGUACACAACAGGCCGGGGCUCCUCUGGGGUGGGGCUCACAGCAGCUGUGCUGAGAGACUCUGUGAGUGGGGAACUCACCUUAGAGGGUGGUGCCCUGGUGCUGGCCCAGGGUGUGUGCUGCAUUGAUGAGUUUGACAAAAUGGCCGAAGCUGACCGCACAGCCAUCCAUGAGGUCAUGGAGCAGCAGACCAUCUCCAUUGCCAAGGCAGGGAUUCUCACCACACUCAAUGCCCGAUGCUCUAUCCUGGCUGCUGCCAAUCCUGCCUAUGGACGAUACAACCCCCGCCGGAGCUUGGAGCAGAACAUACAGCUUCCUGCUGCUCUGCUUUCCCGAUUCGACCUUCUCUGGCUGAUUCAGGACCGGCCUGACCGAGACAAUGACCUCCGAUUGGCACAGCAUAUCACCUAUGUUCACCAGCACAGCCGGCAGCCCCCUGCCCAGUUUGAGCCUUUGGACAUGAAGCUUAUGAGACGCUACAUAGCCAUGUGCCGCGAGAGGCAGCCCACGGUGCCUGAAUCUCUGGCUGACUACAUCACAGCAGCAUAUGUGGAGAUGAGGCGAGAGGCCCGGGCCAGUAAGGAUGCCACCUAUACUUCUGCCCGGACCCUGCUGGCCAUUCUCCGACUUUCUACUGCUCUGGCUCGCCUCCGAAUGGUGGACAUUGUGGAAAAGGAAGAUGUAAAUGAAGCCAUAAGGUUGAUGGAGAUGUCAAAGGACUCCCUUCUGGGUGAAAAGGGACAAACAGCUAGGACCCAGAGGCCAGCAGAUGUGAUAUUUGCCACAGUCCGUGAAUUGGUCUCAGGAGGACGAAGUGUCCGGUUUUCUGAGGCUGAGCAGCGUUGCAUAUCACGUGGUUUCACACCAGCCCAAUUCCAGGCAGCUCUGGAUGAGUAUGAGGAGCUAAAUGUCUGGCAAGUCAAUACUUCUCGGACAAGGAUCACUUUUGUCUGA